AAGACUAUUCCUUUUGCUGCACUGUGCUUAUAGGCUGCUUUCCUUCACUUGCAAAGAAAGUAAAACAUAAAUAUUGCCCAGCAAAUGUUGGAUUUAUUUGUGAACAAUUUUCCAAUUAUUUAUGAAGAAAGUAGUUUUUCAUACAAUGUUCACGGUUUACUUCAUGUAAAAGAGACGAUUAAGCAAAUCGGAGAUCCGGUUUCAGGCUCUUCUUACGAUUUCGAGAACUAUUUACAAACUCUUAAGAGAUUUGUCCGAAAGCCGACACAAAUAUUACAAGAAAUUUAUAGGAAGAUUGUUGAGGAUAGUGGGAUUUGAGUGGACAAUGAUCCCGUAAAUUUAGAAGGUAGUGUUUUGAAGUUGAAGGUAUGUACGCUUUGAAAUAAAAGGCCAGAUAGUUAUUGUUAUGUACUAGAACACAUCCCGAUAGUCCUUAGGCGUAUUUUUCAAUAUGAAUUGGGCAUACCUUAAACGACGGCGUUUAAGUUUGUUUAGAAGAUUCACCUGCCUCGGUUCGAUGACCGAAAAAAAAAACGUAUUUAAUUAAAGUAUAAUAAGAAAAACAGAUAAAAUACAAUAUCAUAUUUAUAGUUCUUUUAAGAUGUCUGAAGAGCCGACAACUAGCCAAAAGCUCACCCAAUUUGUUUUCUCCCUUGAGGAGGAUGAUCUUGUGAUAGAAACCCGGCCACCCCCGACAAUUAAGGACCAAUUGACCGAGAUCUGCCAAAAAAUUCGUUUUUUGGAGACGGUGUUGGAGGCCAACACGAAGAAGCUGGCGAAGACGGCCGAGAUCAGCCAAAAAGUUCGGUCAUUGGAGACGGUAAUGGAGGCCAACACGAAGCAGCUGGCGGAGACCACAAACCAGGUUGCGAGGAUGAUGGCCUUGUUGGAGAUUUUCGUGAAGGGGAAGGCGAAGAAUGUGGCUGUGGAAGUGGCGUUCCCAGACACAUCGGAGGAAGACCUGGUGGCUUUAGAUCAGAACAUAAGCUCAGGGUCUCAAGAACGCUACGUAAGUAAAGUAUAUAUGGUCUAAGUGAUCGUAAAAUUCAUUCUGUGUUUUUAUUUUUUUCUUUCAGAUGGAAGCAAUAACAAAAAUUUUAAAGAGCAACCAUUUGUCCAAGACAAUAAAUGGCGUUUUGUCAGAAACGCUCUUGUGCGCCUACAACAUAGACGGCCUAAACGGGAAAAAGUCUUUAAAAGCAUUUCCCAAAUUCUUUUCCGUUCUGAUUGGUAUGUAUAUUUGUUAUUUUGCUAUAAUCUAAUAAUAUUAUUAUUAAAUUACUUUUCGUUACAGAAAGCAUAAGCACAUUAGAAGGCCUUGGCCCACGCACUGGCAUGUGUAAAAAAUAGUGCUAACAAAAAAGAAAAAAAUUAGUA